AUCUUAUUUUGAAGUCUCAGUGUUGUUUUUCCGUUGUGGAUUCGAAACAGUGUGUGAGCGUGUAGCUUGCUUUUUCUUCUCCCCGGAUUGUGUGGUGCAGUUGCGCGUUCGAAAGUGACAAAUCCGGUGUCGUGAUCUGGUGACUUAAAAUAUUUCCCGAGGACGUGCAACGGCCCAUGUCAACUGAACCGAUUGCUUCUAAGUUGUAACAUAAAGUGCGGACGGUGCCAAUGGCGACUAUUGUUAGCAGCGUUAGCCCUGCGAGCAAAAUAUUCAGGACGUGUUUCCACGCCGCUCUCGGAGCGGCGGCACUGAAAACGUCGAGGCUGCCUCGCCACAGAGCCUUCAGAGUCAAUGCCAUGCAUAGACAGCAGCCAUUCGACUCGACGCUAGAGAAGCCUCAGUUUCCCGGUGCCUCUGCGGAGUUUGUGGACCAGCUGGAGUUCAUCGAGCCCAAUGUCAUCUCGGGCAUCCCGGUGUACCGGGUGAUGGACCGCCAGGGCAACAUCAUCAACCCUUCUCAAGAUCCUCAGCUCCCGAAAGAGACAGUUCUGAACUUUUAUCAAAAGAUGACCCUGCUGAACACGAUGGACCGCAUUCUUUAUGAAUCCCAGAGACAGGGGAGGAUUUCUUUCUACAUGACCAACUACGGCGAGGAGGGCACGCACAUCGGGAGCGCCGCAGCUCUUGAGCCAAACGACAUGGUCUUUGGCCAAUACAGAGAAGCUGGUGUGCUUAUGUAUCGCGGCUUCCCCCUGGACUCCUUCAUGGCUCAAUGCUAUGCCAACGCCGACGACCUGGGCAAAGGGCGUCAGAUGCCUGUCCACUACGGUUCACGGGACCUCAACUUUGUCACCAUCUCGUCACCGCUGGCCACGCAGAUCCCGCAAGCGGUGGGAGCGGCGUACGCCAUCAAGCGGGAGAACAUCAACCGAGCUGUGAUUUGUUACUUUGGCGAGGGAGCGGCCAGCGAGGGCGACGCCCACGCCGGCUUUAACUUCUCGGCCACAUUGGAGUGCCCGCUCAUCUUCUUUUGCCGCAACAACGGAUACGCCAUCUCCACUCCAACCAACGAGCAGUACAGGGGCGACGGCAUCGCUGCUCGCGGUCCCGGCUAUGGCAUGCUGUCCAUCCGCGUGGAUGGCAACGACGUCUUCGCCGUGUACAACGCCACCAAGGAGGCUCGGCGCAGAGCCGUCGCUGAGAACCAGCCCUUCCUCAUUGAGGCCAUGACAUACAGGAUCGGCCACCAUAGUACCAGCGAUGACAGCUCCGCUUACCGCUCGGUGGACGAAGUCAACUACUGGGACAAGCAGGACCAUCCCAUCUCGCGCCUACGUCACUACAUGGCGUCACGGGGCUGGUGGAGCGAAGACGAUGAGCGCGCCUGGCGCAAGCAGUCACGCAAGACCGUCAUGGAGGUCUUUGAACGGGCCGAGAAGCGCCUCAAACCCAACCCGGAGCUGCUGUUCACAGACGUCUAUGAGGAGAUGACGCCCGCCCUCAGCAAGCAGCGUGAGUCGCUCUUCAGGCACGUGCAACAGUACAAGGAGCACUACCCGUUGGACCUCUACGACAAAGACUCCCACUAAGUCCUUUAUACCAGGGGUGCACAAUAAUUACCAAAUCAGUUUCCAUAACCUUAAAAAAAAGUGCAUAGUAAAAUAUCAGUAGCCUCAUAGCAUGCGUUGCCCAAGUCGUUAAGUUACUGCAGCAAUAAAAACAACAUUGCUUGCUAAAAAUGUUUUUAUUCUGUGUAGCAAAUGAAUUGCUCGUUUGUUGAAUGUUUUUCUUAUUUUCCCCAAAAAUCCCCCAAAAAUAUGACUUAGGCAACUAUGCUAUUAAUCUUAUGAUUAAUUAAAAGCUCCACUGUGAUAAUGAAGUGUCACUGCAUUAAUUGAACCUCCCUGCAUGUUUUUCAACAACAGGUAUCCUGUUACAUGAAUUCUUGGAGAACAUAAAAACUUUUUUUUUAAAAUGCAUCUUUUCCAGAACAAGUCAUGUAAAAAAAAAAAAGGAAUUUUUAAUAUUUAACUUCUCUCAAACUGAAUCUAGUUGUAUGAAAUUCAAACUCUUGGGAAAAUUAUAUUUCUUGUAAGAGUUGUGGCAUUUUUAUCCCAACAAAAAUGAUCAUUUUUGUUUUAAAGUAUGAAUUUGUUGUAACAUUACAACUUUUUGUCUGCCCAGAUAAUUUUCUUCACAGGUCCCUUUAGCGCACUCAAGGUCAAUGUAAAAUAGGCAACUUCUUAAUUUCUGUCAUUUAGGGGCACACAUCACUUGCCUAACUUUUAACUCUCUGUCACAAUAUAAAAAAAAUACCAAUUCGGUUGUUAAAAAACAAGGUAAUCUGUAUAGUUUCUUUUUCUUCUAACCCUAUGGAGGAGGAAAGUAUGCUUUUAGGCUAACCAUAUGUUACGUAUUUAUAUUGUUAUCAAAGGCUCCUUGCAAAAUGAUACCUCCCUGUACGGGGUCGCUGGACCCAGAUGGUUUGAAAGGCCUUCUUCAUACUGAUGCACAACAAUGUCGUUUUUGAUGAGAAUUGUGUGUUUUUAUAGACGUUCUCCUGCCUGGUGCCUUACAAUCAGCACAUUUUCUUGUCACGUACAGUAUCACAAACUGUAAACGGAAGGGUACGAGUGGAAUACCGCUAUGUGUGAAUCCUCCCUCGUCUGGUUUAUUUUCUGCUUUCUAGUGGGUUGUAUGAAAAUUAGGAAACUCAUCGAUAGCACACUGAUGUAGUUCCUUUUUUGCCUUGUGUUUUGUGGAAAAAAUAAACAUCCAACUCGAAACUUGUAUUUCCUAAUUGUAAAUCUUUUCCAUUAUUUGAAAUUAUUUUUCCUAUUUAUAAAAUACUAUAUUUGUCUUAUUUGUUUUUUCUAUGAAUUUUUUAGGUUUUCUAUUUCUAAAAUUAUCCUUGUAUUUCUGCCCAAUAGUUUUUCCAAUAUUUUCACAACUUGUAUUUUGUAUUUGUGGUCAUGUCUUGGAUCACAAACUAUGUUGUAUUCAUGAACAUUUCAACUCAGCUUCGUGGACGUACGUGCGGAGUUCCAUUUUUGGUUGUUAAAAUAACAUUUAAAUUGUGAUUUUAUUUCCACAAAGUAAACUUUCCUCAACUUAAGUUCCUUCUGUUUGGUCGCAGUCUACAGUUCUCCCGAGUUUCUGGAGGGAUGUGGAAAAAAUUACUCAUUAGCGUGCCCUUUUGGUUGGACUGUUCCAUAUGCACAACAAGGACAGGAACACCCCAAAAAGUUAUUACU